AUGUCCAAGUCGGCUUCCACUUCCAAGACCGCCCCGUCAUGCGCCCCUGCACACCCAUUCAGCCACGACGGCACCUUCGACCUGGUCGUGAAAAUCUACUUCCCAGACGAAGACCAACCAGGUGGCACAUUGAGCAAUAUCCUCGACUGCAUGCGCGAGGGCGAAGAGAUCGAAGUAAAGGGCCCUUCCGGCGCAAUCCGGGGCCUAGGAAACGGAAAGCUCGCCAUCGACGACAACGAAUAUACAUUUGACAAGGUCUAUUUCAUCCUCGGCGGUUCCGGCGUCACGCCGGGAUACCAGGUCACCGCGCGGAUUCCGUCAACGUCCUCCGACAAGACGCUGACCACCAAGGCUAUCUACGCGAAUAAAUCGAGUCAGAUAUACAGCUGCGCGAGAGCCUGGCUAAGUUUGCCGAAGACCAUAAAGACCAGUUUUCUAUUACGCAUGUGCUUUCGCAUCCGAGUGAUGAGUGGAAGGGACUGA